UCUGCAAAUUCACGGUGCACGAGCGCUGCGUGCAGAGGGCGCCCGCGUCGUGCAUAGCUACGUACUCCAAGUCGCGUCGGGCGGCUGCAACUCUAACACAUCAUUGGGUCGAAGGUAACUGCCACGGCAAAUGCGCGCGGUGUCGGAAAAAGAUCAAAGGAUAUAACGGGAUCACUGGUUUACACUGCCGAUGGUGCCACGUAACUCUUCACAACCGCUGCGUGGGCAGCGCUGGCGGCGCCUGCAACCUCGGCCGACAUGCAAAACACAUCCUUCCUCCAACAGCCAUAAGACCUCUCGUUUUGGACCGACAGAGGUCACUGCCACAUCGGUCACAGCCUGAUCAGGCCCCAAUAUCAGUGUCCAUAUCGAUGCCUGUGUCCAUAGCAGCAGCGGCCGCUGAAGAAAAGAAAGAAGAACCUCGCAAAGAACAUCGAGCGCCUCCCAUUUCCUUUCAAAUAACCCCACCAGAAGGCACUUGUCCGCUACUGGUGUUCAUUAAUCCCAAAUCUGGGGGACGACAGGGGGCCCGAGUGUUGAGGAAGCUGCAGUACAUUCUGAAUCCACGACAGGUUCAUGAUAUUACUAAGGGAGGACCUAGUCAAGGCCUUCAGAUGUUCAAAGACGUGAAAAACUACAGGGUGAUCUGCUGCGGUGGAGACGGCACCGUCGGAUGGGUGCUUGAGACCAUGGACAAAGUGUUGAUGGAGUCCCAACCAGCUGUUGGAGUGAUUCCUUUAGGAACGGGCAACGAUCUGGCUAGAUGUCUGCGAUGGGGCGGCGG